AUGCCCAAGAAAAGAGCGGAUUCGAAACACCGUUAUUUGGACCACUUUAACAAGCAUAUUGAUCAAUAUAUUGCCGACUACGAGGGCACAGAGGAUGACGAUGAGGAACUACCAGAGGAACUCUUAUUAGCUGCUAAUGACCUUAUUCUAACAGACAAUUACAAAUCCAGACCUACACAUGAUGCCUCGUCAACCCUGUUCACAGCCACAUUCUUUACAACGCACAAAGACAACGACACGAACCAUGGUCCAUCAAUAACCAUGGAACUAGUAAACUGUUCCAUUUCGCACUGGAUUGUCUUACUAUUCCUAAAGCCUGACUUGGAAACUGAUUUGUACAAAACUAAUAAAGCAACUCCUAAGAUUCUAACCCCCAAGUCAAGUCAUGUCUAUCUAAAUGAGGGCUGCUAUUCGUCAGAAAGCUUUAAGGGUAUUGUUAUCGACACUGGCGCUGCGCAACUCUCUACAGCCGGAUAUGGGCAAUACCUUGCUUACAAGAGAAUCAUUAGAAAUAUCGAUAUUAAUACUACAACGGCUGGCAUGGCAACAGUUCAAUUUGGACCUGGCAAUCCCUAUCAGUCAAUAGGAUCAAUCGAUGUGCCUACACCUAUUGGUACUAUAUGGUUCUAUAUCCUGACAACCACAACACCAUUCCUAAUAUCGCUUUUGGCCAUCCAUUUCUUGUAUGGGAUUACUCCUACCAUACUCACUUACUUGCUUUAUUUGACCACAACCCCUGCCUUCUCACCGAUACUGAAUUACGACGCCUACACUGCCAAUUUGGCCACUCUUCAACUGAUAGACUUUGCUGUACGAUUCUGGUUCACACUGCAUAAAGAUAUUGACUUCAAUCACUCUAUCAUUAUUAAUAUUAUAUACCUUGAUGGAGACCCUGUACUUCACAUUGACACACUCCGAAAGAUCUGGAUUAACACGUACCUGGGACCCCUAGACUUAGUUAUCAUAGAUGCUAGAAAGACUUUUAUAAGCAGGGAAUUCUCACAAUCUACUUCAGCUGUAGGCACAAUCAUCAAAACAGAAUUACUAGAUUUACCUAAAGACGCUGCUCUACAGAUGGCUGUCAAGGCUAUCAACGAUAUAGCUGGCUCAGAUGGUUUAGUCCCUACGCUCCUUGUUUUUGGAGCUUACCCACGAAUGGCAAUGACAGAGGUUCAAGAUGCCCUUAAUACGUGUAAUGGUCCUGCGUCAACAGCUGUACAUCUUCUGCCAAUAAAUUCAGAUGUACGCGUAUGGAGGGAAGGAAACACCGGCUACGCAGGAGAGUGGAAAGGCCCAUACAAAUUACUAAGUGUUGAGGGUGAGACGUGUAUAAUCCAGUUUUCAGAUGGACCAAAGCAAUUCUGUAUAACUGUUGUGAGGCUGUAUUACAAGGCACUAGAUGAGAACGACCAAGACACCAAUUCGGAGCAUACAAAUAAAGAGCCUGAGGCACCUUUAGGCAUAAACUCAACACCACCCACACCUCAAGACGACGAGCCAGACACAUCUACACCCCAGGCAAGGCCUGCACAACGCCCCCAACGAAAUCGGCAAUUACCAGCCCGAUAUCGAGAUUGA